AACCUCGUUUAACAUAACUGUUAUACGCAAAAGGAAACACUUUUUCUAACAGUUCUUAUAUGUUUAUUUCGGGGAAUCGUAAACGUAAACAAAUGAUAUCUGACUCAUGGAGUUUUGAUCCAAAAAUAUCAUCGGACAAUGCAGAACGAUUUGCUGAAGGACCGCUCUAUUUUCGAGCAACUAUGCAAGGAGUAUUUAAAUUUGAAGACGCUCGCUAGUGGUUGCUGUGUGGAUACAAACCGCGUGAAAGAAUGUGUGAAUCUCUUGACGUAUGAAAUCAACUCAAUUAGAAAGAUGAGCAAAAUCAGUGCUAUCGAUGCACUUUGGACACUUCUGGAGCACAGAAACAUCAUGAGCAUGGUUAAAGUCGAACCGUUGGUGAAGAUAGAAUCGGUGGUAGAUGAUGUAGAAUUUACUAAACGCUUGCAGAAGUAUCGAUUACUUGUGGACCAAUAUCAAGCAUCCGUAAAACGGUUUUACUUCGAAGAUCUCCGUCACCGCGAUCGUCGAACGUUGUUGGAGAAAGAAAUUGAGCUUGUGAAGCUGGGAGAUCACGAGCCAAACGCGAACCCGAAUGAAUGUAUCGAAACUAAUUUACCCCAUCGCGUUCAAAGCACUGAAAAGUACUCCAUUCACCGCAAGGACAUUUUCGACUUGCUUGUUAAAGAAAUUGGUCGUGAUUGGGCUUCGUUUGGAAGAAAUUUACAACUAAGUUCCGCUGGCUUGUUCGUGAUAGAAGAACGCCAUUCUAAAGAUGUCAAAGCAAGGAUUAAUGACAUCCUGGAGGAGGCCGAGAAAGGGUAUAGCAAUGGGCAGGAUUUUAUGUGUUUAUUAGGAGAAGCGUUGAUUAACAUCAGGCGUAAAGACUUGAAGCGACGGAUAGAUAGAUUGUUAAGUUGAUAUUGUUUUACGUUCCAUUGCAACGUAAAAAAGGUUUUGUCAAUCUUACGGGAAUCUAAUUAAAUUAAUAAAGCUUACCACUGUGAUCAAGUAU